GAUAGAUACGAGAUGACUUUAAAGGAGAGACAACUCUUCGUGGCGGUGGAUAAAGGACACACCAAGAUGAUAGAAAUACUGAUCUCGCAGGGCGCAAGCGUCAACUGCCGAGCUCGGGAUGAUGGAGCAACACCUUUGAUUAAAGCAGCUAAGAAUAGAAAUCACGUGGUUCAAAAGUUACUCCUACAAAGAGGAGCAGAUAUCACUUCAAGGGAUGCGCUGGGACUGUCGGCGAUUCAUUACACGGCAGAACCAGGGGACACGGAAACCCUUAAGUUGUUACUGGCUUACCAGUCACCAAUAGACACCAGAGAUGUGGAGGGGUGCACGCCUCUACACUACGCCGCAGAUCGCAAUAAUUUAGCAGCAACAGAAAUUCUCAUCUUUUGUGGAGCGGACGCCUACUCUAAAAAUAAGAAAGGAGCGUGCCCAUUUUCCAUCAACAGAGAUGAAGCCUUUCGAAAAAUUGCCAGUCAGUCCAGAAAAGUUCUAGAGGGUAUAAAAAACAAAGAUGUAAUUAUACAACACGAUGAACUCCUUCCAGGAAAGGUUAGUUUCCUUGAAGACAUUGAACUGAAAAUAUUUACUCCCCACAAUUUUGAUCUGACUAGCCUCAGUUUCUUGUGUAGACGUGUUCGUCCGGAAUUCUGUAUGGAAUCACUGAAACCUGUCGGGAAAGAAAUCCUAAUCAGUGAUGCGUUUGAGUAUAUUACGUCCACUGUUCAUGUAAGAAAAAUGGUAGAGCUGGAAGUUCCACUUUACGAUCAUCCUGAUCCAUAUGAAGUAAUCCAGAUAAAAACGAACGAAGGUGUUAUAGAGGAUCCAUCUGCAAUAGUUGAAGGACCAACAACAUUAAGCGAGCAUCUAGGAAUUUUGCGAUGGAAGUUAAGAAUACGUUUGGACAUUACAAAAACAAAAUCUUUCAUACUAAUCACGAUACCAAAGAUGGAGAAAUUCCCCAUAGAUUCUAGUGGAGGGGAGUUUGUUUCUGGGGUGGACAGAUUUAUUAACAUAAGAGUUGCCCCGUAUACUUUCCAUUCAGGGACAGUCAACUUAGAGGUCAUUCCAACUCCGUUGUAUAAACCUGAACAGUACAGGGAUGUGUUAUCCAUUGGUCACUUCUAUGACCUGCACCACAGUCUGGGCUGUAACAAGUUUCAAGAAAAUGGUGUUACCUUUACUUCUCCUUUACCUCACGAGUAUGAAAACGAGGGAGAACUAUGUGUAUUAGCAGCAGAUAUUCCAGAAGAUUUCGAUCCCGACUUAGAUGAGGCUCUGGACGAAAAUGUUUGGGAAGUUUUGAAAAGAGAUCCAAAGACGAAGAAAGGAAAAGUUUCCUGCGAUCUUUCUCACUUCUCAACACACGUAUUGGCUGAAAAAAGGAAGGGGGCCACAGACAAAGAUUUAAAAAUACAAGUCACUCAACUUCAUACUAAAGCACUGAAAAGAGCAAAAAUAGUCAAGUUUUUUGCUGUAAUUAAAGCUGUGCCUGGAAACCUUUAUUGGACGGUUCUAGAGUGUACAAAACCUCAGAAAGUGAAAGACAGACUGAAUCAUUGGAAGGCUCAAGACUUUAUUGUGCUGAAUCCUGAAUGCACUGGAGAAUAUGAUACAUAUGAAAAACAGGAGUAUGAUAUUACAUUGUCUGGUAACAUUAAAAAGUUUUCUGGAACAACCAAACUGGAAUUUCACUCAAAAAGAGAUAACUAUCAACACAUUGUUAUAUCCAUGUUAAACAAGGAGGAACCUCCGUGCGGCGCUCUAGAUGUUAUGGAAAUUCCCAAAGAGAAGGAGGUGACCAGUAUCAUUCUUUGGCUCUCUGAUAUGCCUGUUAAGGAAGUACCUAAGGAAGAAGAUACAUUUAAAGGUUUUACCAGAGAGAAACUGCUCAGGGAGAUUGCUUCUAAGCUCGGUCCUGAAUGGGUUCAGUUUUGUGUUUUGCUGGGGGUUCCGUUUCACAAAGUGGACAAAAUUCGUGUCAAGUCGACAACAAAAAGUGCAUCGGUAGAAAAUAAAGUUGUUAAGAUAUUGUUAGAAUGGCGGAAAAAUUCUCAGCACCUAGACGAUAUGGGAGUGGUGGAUCUAGUCACGGCCCUAUCCAGAGUGGGGCGGAACGACAUCUCAGAACUAGUUCACGAGGAUCUGAGUGAAUGGUUGAAAAACAAUGAAUUUGAGAAGGGUGACAGGUUUUAUAAGUGGGCAGAAAAUGCCAUGAAAGGAACUUUGGAGAUAUCGAAAAAUGAAGAUUACCCAGAACCAAUGUCAGACGAAUUUUUCGUUCUCCUCGUAGAAAAAUUUGCUAACCCGGAUUUUCAGAAUUUAGGUGUGUUGCUAGGAAUACCAGAAAAUCAAAAUGCCAACAUAUUUGCCGACACAACUUUUCCUAACUACCAGUAUAAAGUUUUACGUAUGCUGAUUGUAGCACGUGAACUUCAUGAAGACCGCAUGGAGGCUUUAAUAGAUCUUAUUAAUGCUCUUCAAGCCACUGAAAAUUACGACGCCGUAGAUUGGAUUCACAACUGCAAAAAUGAAUGGUCAAAAAAGAAUAAGGAUAAGAGGAAAAUGACGAAAUUUCAGCUUGAUCUGGAGAGAUCUAUCAGGAAAGAGGCGGGAGAGGAGGAUGACAGUGAGGUAGAGGAGGAAGAGGAUGAAAACGACGAGGAAAUGACUCCUCAAGCAGUCCACAAGGAGGCUGGGAAUCUUACCUCAGAACAAGAUGAAAAAUACAAGUCCAAGCCCGAAAACAAAGAAAAGGGAGAUGAUGUUGAAAGCAGUGGAAUUUAUCAAAAGGCAAGCGAGAGCACUUAUGGGACAUCUAAAUUCGAUGAAUCUGAGCUUAAGGAAAAGAAAAAUAUCGGGCAGACAUCUGACAAAGGAAAUGAAGCGGAUCAUAUGUCAAAAAAUCAAUCAAGUGACGAGUCUGAUGUUAGUGAUGAAGAGGAAAAGGCAGAUGAUGUUAACCUGUCUGCAGACAACACUCGUAAUUCAGAAUCUCAAUCUGAAUUAGCAAAUUAGAUAGCAACAAUGGAAGAAAAGAUAUUUGAAGUGAAAUUUUCCUUGAAUUAUGCUAUGAAGUGAACGUUACGCUGAUCAAAAACAAUGUUUUAUAAAUUAAAAAA